ACAAUGUGUUUUUCGUAUUAUUUAUUAAAGAAAUACUUUUAUUGUUAAUUGUGUACAACCGAUCUCAAGAUGACCACUACGGACGUUAAAUGGAUAGAAAAACUACGAAUAGAGAAUUUAGAUCAAUAUUUUACUUUAGUGCGGAUGCAUUUAUCAUUCGUUGUUGAUAUAAAUACUGACGAUGUUGAUUGUUCAACUGACAAGCCAAAGCAAUUCCGAUGGAAUUUUCACAAGAAGACUAAAAGCAGCACAUCAAAUUCUAGUCAAAGCAUCACAAAUACUACAAAGAAUAAUUUAGAAGCUAAUUCUAUAACUGAAGAAGGUAUCUUAAGAUUAAACGAGUUGAUAGACUUUCUAGCAAAAUCUGAAAAUGUAACACAAGAAGGUAUUUUUCGGAGAACAGGAUCUUUGAGUCGUCAACAAGAGUUACGUCAGCUGUUGGUAACAGGGUCUAGCUUGGGGCUUGAUGAUGGCAAGUUCUCUGUUCAUGACUGUGCUUCGGUCUUGAAAGGUUUUUUGGCUGAAUUGCCACAGCCUUUGUUAAUGGACCAGUAUUAUCAAACCUAUUGUACUUUAGCAGCUCAAUACCCACCAAAUGCGGAAUCAUCAACGGCCAAACUUCUCACAGCUCUGCAAUUACUCUUAUUACUAUUAACACCAUCGCAUAGAAACUUUCUGCAGAGAUUGCUACGGUUGUUGAGUACUGUAGCAGAACAUGAGGCCUCGAAUAGAAUGUCACCUGAUACUUUGGCUACUAUGUUUACACCACAUUUAUUGUGCCCAAGAAAGUUAUCACCAGAGACAUUCCACACAGACUCAAUCGCUCUAUCCCCGGUCAUUAGCUUUAUGAUCCGUCACUCGGGUAAGCUAUUCGAGGCGCCCACACAACUGACUACAGACGCCGCAGCGUACUUUACGAUGCGCGAGCGCAAGCGUGUAAUGUCUCCCGAUGUGGACUUGGAUGAAAGUAUAACUGAUAAGACGGCAGCAAAUACGGUAUACACAUUCGUGGACAGACAUCGUACCUGUGCUGAGAACGCUCGCAACCCCACAGAUACUGCGCUCGCGCAGCUUUACGCUCACAUACAGGCGCUGCCAGACUCCGCACACAAGAGAAGACUUGUCAAACACUUCAACAGGCAGAAUGGAUACGGAACUCCAAUACAAAUACAAAGGACUGGUAAAAUGGCAGGUUCGAGAAGUUUCGGUGAUUCAAUCAAACGACAUAUUUUCAACAAAGGAUUGCUCAACAAAACACCAAAGAAAGGCUCUUCUGUCAUUACGGUCGAAGAGAAGUCGUGUAAGGGAAAAUUAAAAUUCUCUGAUGAAAGUAAAAUCGAUGUAACACAUAAGAAUAUCGUUCUAAAGAAUUUAGCAAAUAAAAUAACUAGCACUGAUUCUUUAGAUGAUAAUGAUUACGAUUCUGAUAGUAACGAGAGUACAUUAUCAGAAGGUGCAUUAAAUAAAUCAAGAAAAUUGAGUCCGAAAUUCGUUUCCGAACCGAAUUUGAGUAUAAUCGAUCCGAAUGAUACACCGAAGAAUACCAAAAAACGUGGUACGCGAUUAUUUCGUUCGAAAGUAAUAUCUGUGUCGCAAAAUUUGAAUAAGAAAUACCAGAAACGUGGUACGAUACGUGGUACGCCUACUUCUUGUGUGUCAUGUUUGGAUGAUCAAGAUACCACUUCGGAGAAUGAAUGUAUGGAUAAUGACAUAGUAAAUAUAGAAACGCCAAAGAAAUGUAAGCUUUUAGAUAAUGAGAUAGAGUUCAAAAUGCAUUAUUUGACAAGCACUCCGGGAUUGAAUGAGGAAGUGUUUGAAGAAUGCAGUACUCCUUACGAAGUCAACUUUAGAAGAGCUUCGAUGUCACCAAUAACAAAAUCUACACAAAAACUAUCAAAAGCAAUGCAGGAAUCUAUAAUGACGCCCCGUUCAAGGAAGCCGUUAAUAAUAACGUGUGAACAACGCGACUCGCUCCCGGACAAAGAAGAGAAGUUAGAACUUGUAUACCAGUCCGUCUCACCGAAGAACGAUAGUGAUUUCGUGUCUUCAGAUGACGAUAUUAUGUCUAGAUCUUCUAUCUCUUGCGACAGGUCUGGUCAUUCUACAAGUGUAUCGUUAUCGAGAAAUAUACCCUUCGAUGGUAGAUCGGGUUCAAUCUGCGAAAUAAGUCCACUCCGAUCUCAGAAUACAAGAUUUGUCGUCAGCCAUGAACGAAAAAACGUAACAGAUUUAAACACGACUUUAUGUGAAGAUGUAUUACUACCAAAUAUUAAAAGCCACGAAAUGAGAUAUAUCGAGAAAUCGAAAUCAUUAUCGGAACCGUUCAGAGAAUAUUUACUGAGCAGAUCUGUUCUUACAGCAACGCCAAUCGAUCUAUCGAUGUUGAAAUCGGAAUCGAAUGACUCGAUUAGCGAAUCGUUAAUGUACUGCCUCGAUGGGAACAUGCCGACAGAUUUGACGGCAUCGAUUAGUAGUUUGGUGCUGGAAUCGAAUAAUCGACGUUCGCCAUUAAAGGAGUUAAAUAAUGUUCGUAGUCCGAAUAGAAAGAGAUGUGCCGACGAUGACACAGUUAAAGGAAUUAAAAAAGUUAUAGUUGAAAAACCAAAUCAUCCCGAUCAAGCUUUCGAAUUGCGUGAAACUGAUCUUUAGUGUU